UUAUAGGAAUGAUGGAGGAAUGAAUGGACGGAUGAACAGCUGAUGGAUGGAUGAAUAAAAGAAUGGAUAGAAGAAUGGAUGGAUGAGUAAACGCAGCACCUGACUGUGAGUUUCUUCAGUGCACUGAAUCAUCAAAACGCUCCUCAAGUCUCCUCCCUGAGUUUCUCUCAUCAGUUUCCACAGUUGUCCUGCCCCGCCCACUCUCACCUGUCUCCCUGUCACCUGUCCCCAGACUCACUAAGCUGUUGUCUCCAGUCUCCUCAGUCCUUACAGUCGCUCAGUUCUUCACCCAUCUGUCCACCAUCGUUUGUCCUCUCAGGCCAUGUCUGAGUCUCAUGUUGUCUCCUGGAGUUCAGGAUCCUGUCACGAUCUGUGUUUAUUUUCCUUAGUUUUCUAGUGUUUCUGUGUUCCUCUGUGUAUCUCUGCCUUGCUCCGGCCCCGCCCACGCUCACCUGUUUCCUCUUGUGUCUCCUCCAGGUCUUUCUUGUUGUCCCUAAUUAGUUUGCCUUUAUACUCUGUGUCCUGUCUUCAGUGUUUGUCCGUUCAUUGUACUGUCUUCACAGUCAUUGUGGUUGUCUGUUGUGUUCCCUCGAGUCCUGAAGUCUUAGUAAGUUUUUGCUGCCACGACAGCCCUCUUUUUGUUUAAAUAAACUUUAAUUYACAUUUUGGAUUUUGCCUGCGCCCUGGGUCRUUCUGCCUACAUCUCACAGAUCCUGCAAAAAGUUUAACAAAGUUAUACUUUCAAAUAAUAACAUCUCACGAUGACUCCUCCAGGAGAAGAAAAAGUCAAAUACAAACUGCUUCUCUUUUCAGGCCCUCUGGAGUGCCCCCCCGCUCCACGCCUUCGGCUCUCUGGAAACCCGCCACGUGACAUUUGGCUGCCAGAAGGUCAAAGUGGGGGUGCCCGGUGCUGCGUUUCAGGGAAAUGCAGAGAAGCCACCAUCAGAACCACCGGGACCUCUUCAGCCCGGCUCUGGGUGCCUCGGAGGACAUGUUUGGGUUCCCGCAGAGGUCCAAACCACAAAAGUUCACAAAAAAGAUUUUCCCCUGGAUGAAAGAGUCCAGACUCUCCAAUCAGAGCUCAGAGCCGAGAACAGCAGACUGCGCCCAGAUGUGYUCGAGCUCGACCCCGGCGGCCUAUGGCAAGCGCACGCGCACCGCGUACACGAGCGCGCAACUGGUGGAACUGGAGAAGGAGUUCCACUUCAGCCGCUACCUGUGCAGGCCGCGGCGCGUGGAGAUGGCGGGCCUGCUGAACCUGAACGAGAGGCAGAUCAAGAUCUGGUUCCAGAACCGGAGGAUGAAGCAGAAGAAGGACCAGAGGCUGCAGCGGGGCCCCAACACCGCCUCCUCUUCCUCCUCCUCCCCGCCCUCCUCCCCCUCCGCCGCGGGCAGCCCCACCCUCACCAGCCUGGGUUACGUCCAUCUGGGCGCUGAUUACCAACAGGCCUACCCGGCAGAGUGCUCCAAAUAUCCGGCUGCGAGCUUUACGCACGAGCCGCAGUUUGAUGCGCAAUUCGAGCCGCACACAGCUGAUCUGAGCGGCUCAUACUUCUGUCAGGACCGAAUCCUCCAGGCCCCAAAACUCACUCAUCUGUAGCAGCUGCAUGCAAUAUUUAACAGCUUUUAUUUAUUUKGAUGUUUACACUUCCUGCGCGUUUUGGGUUUAAUUUUACGCACGGGUUUGUUCUCUUUAUUUAUAAAAAAACACUACGAUUUAGAGUAAAUUAGCUCAAAUUUAAAUGUUAAUUAUUUAAGAAACAAAAGAAGUGAGUUGAAUUUUAAUCCMGUCAUGCACGAGCUCCACAUUAAAGUCUACUUUAGGAGCCAAAACGUUUAGAAAUUGCGUUAUUUAAAAAAAAAUUCCCAGUUAAAGCAUAUUAUGAGUCUCAUUACGUUAAUUACAGGCAGGAUCUUUCAAGUGUUUGGGAGAUUUUCGAACUGUGUGUUUUCUUUUUUUUUUUAGUGGGCUUUAAA